UGGUUGAAAAGGGUAAGGCGUGUGUUGGCAAGCCUACUGCGGCUGACAUCCGCGUCCCUUACGCACUCACAACCAAUCGUCAACUACGCCAGCAUGCACGUCUCUAAGCCUUUGUGGGUUUCCUGGUGAGCUUCAGCCCCCACAAACGACUAAGAUGCAACAUGAACAUUGGGCUGGCUGACGGCAAGGCCUGUGCUGAUAUACCGGCAUCCCGUGCCACAUCGUUUUAUAUGUACUACGACUGCCAGGAGCACACGACGCGAAUUUGUUUGCUUCUCCCUUUGUUACACGAAGUCUUCCUAUCAUCUACUUGUCGUUUCUCUAGCUUCAGUUGUCACUGGGCUUCGUUUCUUCUAUUCACCUGUGGUCUUGCUGCCACACGCUAGAUCGCGCAAUGGACAAUGAGAUACGCCAAGUCCCGCAGUCGCCAGUGUUGGUCAACAAUGAUUCUGGACACAAUAGGGAUAGCUGGAAGACUGCUCCCAGCUCACCAAAGGAAGACUUCAAAGUCAUGAUUGAUGCUAUUACCGAGGAACGCGAAAAUUCCACCAGCUACACAGGUAGCUCUAGCGAAUCUCCAAACACGUCUCGACAAGAUUAUAGCGAGAAGUUCGAUCAUGUCGAACACAAUUCAGAUAUAGACGGUAUUGACUGGAGACCUGGCUUCAAGCAUCAAUUUCCAUGGCUCGGCUUCGCGGGGCUUAUGGUCAUCCUUGUGGCCACUGCCGGAGCUGUAAUCAUACUGGCUACGUCUAACGAAAAGCGAGUCAAAGACUGGCCUUUUACGAAAUUUACCGCCCAACCCAACGUACUACUCAACAUUGCGAACCAAGUUCAGAACCUGGGGCUGGUUACAUUGAUUGGUCAGGGGCUGGCUAUCGCAUGGUGGAGGACAGCCUUGCGCGGAAGCUCACUCCGGAAACUACAUCAGAAUCACGCGUAUUCUUACAGCUUCUAUGCGAUUAUCACUUCCGGCAGACACUUCAACAUUAUCGCUCUCGCCGCUCUUAUGACGAAGUUUGCCGUUAUCGACAGUACACUAUUUCAAAAAGCGACAAAAACUAUCGUCACCCAGGAAAGUGACUACAUGAACCACACUAUGACUGGCUUCAUCGAGAAAGACUGGCCAGCGAAUUCUGGUGGUAUACCCGGAGGGGACGGCAAUAUCAAGACCGUCGAUAAGGCUUGGGCUAACGUACUGGAUGCGUACAACGGAAAGAUCGCAAAUGGUAAGGUGCAUGACACUCUUGACCAAACAAAGUCUUUUUGGGACUGCCCUUUUCGACAAGAGUGUCAUGGCGCUAUUGAGGGCUUAGGCUUCUCAUUCAACUGCACUAGUACAUCCAGGCAGGUAGACUAUGGCUAUGAAAGACGAGAAUCAGAUCUACAGGGCAUACCUCCAUCGGACAACUCGUAUGCGCUGUGGGAUGUCAAGUUCAAUGCCUCGUGGCCAACGGGAACCAAACCAUACGCCAGCAUCGAUCUCGAGAUGCUGUACGUCGAUAGUAAAGCUGGGGAAGACGAGCACUCUUGUCCGGGUACUAUGACUAUCCGUAGGUGCGAGAUCAAGCCCGCCCUCGUUCAGUAUCCCGUUACUGUUAUGGUACCAAGCGAAGAAGAACUAAAAGGCAAAAACAUUGUCACACACAUCAAGUUCUCUAAUGAUUCUCGCCCCGACAACUGGGAGGUUGGUGAGAGUCUCGACAAUAUUACGCAGAUCGACCAACUUGAAGUGAAAGAGACUAUCAAUCUCGAAGAGCAGUUCGGUAAACCCUCUACUAUCGGCGCUUUAACAUACAUCAUGAACAACCUCUAUGCAUCCUCAGCGAAUCUUACCUACAACAACGACACAUGGGAUAUUGUCGCUCGAGGCGCCUCGGCUCAGACUACCUUUUAUGCCCAAUCUGAUGAAACGCUCAAUCGUUGCUGGUAUAAUAUUAGCCAAGGUAAAGACGAUCCCGCCGUCGAGGUGUUGCGCAAACUCAACACCCUGAGCUUCGUGACAGCGUUGUACAUUACAGGCGCGCCUUUUUCCAGCAAAAGCCUAGACGGCGACCUCGGGAUGGCCAACCAAACAAUCAUCGCAUCAGUCACCGGUAUCGUUGAGCAAUACAAAACCUCCUAUGCCUACGUCGCCGGCGCCCUCGUAGCAACUUUCGUCACCGUUAUGCUCGUCCUACCCGUAUAUUGGGGCUUCUGGCAGCUCGGCCGCAAGGUCACUCUUGGUCCGCUUGAAAUAUCACAAGCCUUCGGUGCGCCCAUCAUCGCCCCUGACCAAACAAAGGCAUAUCAUGGCGACUUCGAUCAGGUACUUGAGGAUGUCGGGAAGAGGAGAGUGCAGUACGGCCAACUCAAACAUGCGCCGCCGGGACAGAUGGGCCUUGCAGAGCCAGAGAGGGUCGUGGUGCCGAAAGCGAGUCACCGAUGGCGAGUGAGUGGGCAGAGGGAGAAUAGGAGGAUCGGACUUGGUGCUGCUAUCGGGGGUGUGGUGGCUGCUACUAUCGCAGGAAAUGCGAAGGGAUGAGGGGCAAUCUUGCUAGGUGUUGGAUGUGCUGUAGGUGAUAGGCCUACCAUACCAGCGACCAAGGCCAUUCAAUCAACUCAUUUACUAAAGCACAAACUGACGACCAUUACUGUACAAACUAGGCCUCCAGUAGACCUAAAGACACAUAUUCCAUCUCUAUGGCGUGCGAAACAGCGUCCAUGUGUAGGCAAUAGUUUUUGUAAUUGGAGCUAAAGCGAGCGCUACGUAUUCAAACUUUUGAGC